CCUAUUUAUUCAAUGGAAACUAUUUUUUUUUACCAGCCAUCGGACCUUUCCCCCUUUAUUCAAUUUUUUCAAAAUGGAGGUGGCGGCAGGCGGAGGCAGCGUCGACGCCUAUAAAAAGACAUUGAAAUUAUCUCCAACCUGCCUUGCAAAUGUCUUUUCUUUUUAAAACUUUUUUACAUUUCAACAAAUAUUUAUCUCAAAAUCCCCAAUCCGUCCAUCCCCCCUCUCUCUUUUUAAUAACCCGCCUAUACACAGAAAACAGCAAUGUACCAUUCCGAUUAUGCACAGUCUAUGGACCUAUCCUCGCAACGGCGACAUAACCAGCACCAGUAUGAUAGUGACAGCAGCGGCGGUCAGUUUAUGCCCGGAGACCCCGGCGGCUUCAUCUUGCCAAUGACGUCGCACAACAGCAAUGCCAGCUCGGGAGGCUGGGGCCCGUCCCCAAUGGGCUUUGUCGACCCUAAUGUGGCCCAGCAGCAUCGCCAGGUAAGCUGGAGUAGCACAUACCAGUCGGCGCGGCCUGCCUCGCCCAGCUCACCGGGCGGAUUUGUCAUUCCAGGCGCAAGCUACCACUCCUUGCCGCAUCGGUCGCCGUCACCACCACCACCACAGCAAUACUACUCCCCUCCCCCUCUUCAGCGGGAGCUACAAGAGCAGAACUACCAGCAACAGUACCAUCAGCAGAGCUACGCCCAGCAGUCCAACUACAAUAUGAAUUCCGCAUUGCAGCCGCCUGCGUAUUCAGCUCGCCAUGUAUCGUUUGAUUUUGGAAAUGGCCCUGGUCCCUCGAGAUAUAACAUUAACCGCACCAGGCCUAACUCUCCAUUGUAUGAGGACAACUCGCGGUCGGUUUAUUCUUCCACAUCGUAUCGCUCUGGGUCGCCAACGCCCUCGGAAUACACAUCCCACGAUGCGUACCCGAGUCACACCCCAUAUCGGCAGCAACAACAACAGCAGCAACACUAUCAGCACCAACAACAUCAGCAGCACCACCAGCAGCAGCAGAGCCCUCAAUACACAUGGGAGGAUUUAAGAUACAACUAUUGAGUGACACGCAAGUUCAGGCACUCCGCAAUUGCUUCUCUUAAAACAUUUUUAAACCCAGUUCAAAUUCAGAUAUUUCUGCACUUGCACUCUUGCGCUCAUGCAUUGCAUUGCUUUUUAUUUUCUCAUACUUCAUUUUUAAAAUAAAUACACACACAAUUGCUCUUGCACUUUU